AUGGUUGGCACGAAUGGUGUGAGGUUGGAAAGAGACAGAAGAAGAACGAACGAACAUGCGAAUGUAAGAAUUUGUUUCGUUUUUCUUUCACUGUUGUCUGUUAUAGCAACAGAUCAUGAAUUAUGUCACAAGAACAAUCUUGAUAACAUGGUGAUGAUGUAUGCAAUUAGCAUUGUUACAACGCAAUCAUUAAAUAGAUAUCAAAUUGAAGAGUCUGCUUCGAAAAAUCUCAAAAAUGUUUUAAUUAAAACAGGAAAGCAGCAGCAACAGCACCGGCAGCUACAAUUUUAUGUUUUUCAACGCAAAACGCAAUUAUAA